GGCUGGGCCGCGCAGCCAUUUUGGGCUGUGUGGGUUUCCGGGACGUUCCGAGUGCGUCCUAGGUCCCAGGGGUUCUGCAGAUCACAGGCCCAGGGCCCGCGUCCGAGUGUCAGGUUGGAGCCGGGAAACGUCCCGGGGGGUAGCGGCGGCGGGGGCAGGAUGAGCGCGGAGGCGGCGGACCGGGAGGCGGCCACCUCCAGCCGGCCCUGCACCCCGCCGCAGACCUGCUGGUUCGAGUUCCUGCUGGAGGAGUCGCUGUUGGAGAAACAUCUGCGCAAGCCCUGCCCGGAUCCUGCACCAGUUCAACUUAUAGUCCAGUUUUUGGAACAGGCUUCUAAACCUUCAGUUAAUGAACAGAACCAAGUUCAACCUCCACCUGAUAACAAGAGAAAUCGUAUUUUAAAGCUUCUUGCUCUUAAAGUUGCCGCACAUUUGAAGUGGGACUUAGACGUGUUAGAGAAAAGUUUGUCUGUUCCAGUACUGAAUAUGUUACUAAAUGAACUGCUGUGCAUCAGUAAAGUCCCUCCUGGAACAAAGCACGUAGACAUGGAUCUGGCCACUUUACCUCCAACCACUGCCAUGGCUAUACUUCUCUACAAUAGAUGGGCAAUUAGGACAAUUGUUCAAAGUAGUUUUCCUGUCAAACAAGCAAAACCUGGACCUCCUCAGUUAAGUGUUAUGAAUCAGAUGCAACAGGAGAAAGAGCUAACAGAAAAUAUUUUGAAAGUGCUAAAAGAGCAAGCUUCUGAUUCUAUCUUGGUACUAGAGGCAGCCCUUAAGUUAAACAAGGAUCUUUAUGUCCACACGAUGAGAACUCUAGAUUUAUUGGCCAUGGAGCCAGGCGUGGUAAAUGGAGAGACUGAGAGUUCCACUGUUGGACUGAAAAUCAAAACCGAGGAGAUGCAGUGCCAGGUGUGCUAUGAUUUGGGUGCAGCAUACUUCCAGCAAGGCUCUACAAAUCCAGCUGCCUAUGAAAAUGCCAGAGAAAAAUUCUUUAGAACCAAAGAACUAAUUGCAGAGAUAGGUUCAUUAUCUCUUCAUUGUACCAUAGAUGAGAAGCGGUUAGCUGGCUAUUGUCAAGCGUGUGAUGUUCUUGUACCUUCUUCUGAUAGUACAUCUCAACAAUUGACUCCAUAUAGUCAAGUCCAUAUUUGUUUGAGAUCUGGCAACUAUCAGGAGGUAACAAAGAUUUUCGCUGAAGACAAUUUAACCUUCAGUUUACCUGUGCAGUUCCGGCAGUCAGUCCUAAGAGAGCUCUUUCAGAAAGCUCAACAGGGAAAUGAAGCUCUAGAUGAAAUCUGUUUUAAAGUCUGUGCCUGUAACACAGUCCGUGAUAUAUUGGAAGGUAGAGCGAUUGGUGUUCAAUUUAACCAGCUAUUUCUUAGACCUAAUAAAGAGAAAAUAGACUUUCUUCUUGAGGUAUGUUCAAGAUCAAUAAAUUUAGAAAAAGCUUCAGAUUCUUUGAAAGGAAACAUGGCAGCUUUUCUAAAGAAUGUGUGUCUGGGGUUGGAAGACCUGCAGUAUGUUUUCAUGAUUUCUUCACAUGAGCUUUUCAUUACAUUGUUGAAAGAUGAAGAACGAAAGCUACUUGUUGAUCAGAUGAGGAAGAGAUCCCCUAGAGUAAAUCUGUGCAUUAAACCAGUAACUUCAUUUUAUGAUAUCCCAGCCUCAGCAAGUGUCAACAUUGGCCAGUUGGAGCAUCAGCUGAUAUUGUCAGUAGAUCCCUGGAGGAUUCGACAGAUUUUAAUUGAAUUACAUGGUAUGACUUCAGAGCGCCAAUUCUGGACAGUGUCUAAUAAGUGGGAAAUACCUUCUGUCUAUAGUGGUGUUAUCCUGGGAAUCAAAGACAAUUUAACAAGAGAUUUGGUUUACAUUCUAAUGGCCAAAGGUUUACACUGCAGUACUGUUAAGGACUUCUCCCAUGCUAAACAGCUAUUUGCUGCUUGUUUGGAGUUGGUGACAGAAUUCUCACCAAAACUUCGUCAGGUCAUGCUGAAUGAGAUGCUGCUUUUGGAUAUUCAUACACAUGAAGCUGGAACAGGGCAAUCUGGAGAGAGACCGCCUUCUGAUCUUAUUAGUAGGGUGCGAGGAUAUCUGGAAAUGAGGCUUCCUGAUAUUCCUCUUCGUCAGGUUAUUGCCGAGGAGUGUGUUGCUUUUAUGUUAAACUGGAGGGAAAAUGAAUACCUUACCCUGCAGGUUCCUGCAUUUCUGCUUCAGAGUAAUCCAUAUGUAAAGCUUGGACAGCUUUUAGCAGCUACAUGCAAAGAACUUCCAGGCCCUAAAGAAAGUAGACGGACUGCUAAAGACCUUUGGGAAGUUGUUGUUCAGAUCUGUAGUGUGUCCAGUCAACACAAACGAGGAAAUGAUGGCAGAAUUAGUUUAAUAAAGCAGAGGGAGUCUACAUUAGGUAUAAUGUAUCGGAGUGAACUGCUUUCUUUUAUCAAAAAAUUACGGGAACCGUUGGUUUUGACUAUUAUUUUAUCACUCUUUGUGAAACUUCACAAUGUUCGGGAGGACAUUGUGAAUGAUAUUACAGCUGAACACAUUUCUAUCUGGCCAUCCUCCAUCCCCAAUGUGUGUUUAUAAAUGGGGCAAAAGAAUGGUUUACCAUAGAGGUUCUCAGCCAGACUCAGAGAUUGAGUCCCAGCCUCUCCACUUCUCAGGUAUAUGACCUUGGGUUAGUUGCUUUCUGUGCCAGUUUCCUCAUCUGUAAAAUGGGUAUAAGAAUAGUAACUACCUUGUGAGGAUUAAAUAAUAAACUUUCUAAGCUAGGUGUUUAGAAUAAGGGCUGCCACAUAGUAGAGUAGGCUUAACGAUUAUUUUCAUGAUAAAAUUAUUUUAAUGUAAAUUAACCCAGAGAAAAUAAAAUGUGACUAAAUGUUUGACCAGAAAAGAUAUUUCUCUUGAGCAGGAGUCUUUAUUGACUCCAAGAAUAGUGUGAGGAUGGCAUGGAUUAAGUAUUACUAUUUUAAAAUUGAUUGUUUGAUAUGUAGAUAGAAUUCUUAGACUUAACAUUUUAUAAUUUCUAGGAAACAUAAACCAGUGUAACUCAUUUAAAUAAUUGUAAAUAAAUUAGUUGUAAAUCAACAGUUGGGUAUUUACUAAUGGCACCACAAUACUUUCCCACUGUACUGGGAACAGUGGUGAGUUAUGGUAAAAUCUAACCCCUCAGGGCAACAGGAGUACUUUGUCCAACCUUGUUAGAUGAUAGAGCCAGGACUUGAAUCUCGGUGUGUUUCUGAAGCCAAAGCCUGUUCUCCCCCGCUGGGUCUCGCUGUAGGGGCUGUCAACGUGUUUCUUGGGUGCUGGCUUGGCUUUAUCCUCACAGUUCUACCUCCUAAUUCUGCAUCUCAGGACUUCCAGGCUUAACUAGGCCCAGAGCAGCUGGCCCCCUUCCGUACUCUUUUUUGGAUUCUUCAUUGCUUCCAAAUGCGCUGCAGUGAUACCCUUGCCACAGCUCACCCCAACCCGGUGAAACAUCUAAUCCAGAGGAGUUAGUUAACCUUUACAAGAAGCCACAAGGUGAAUUUAAGGCCACGUAGCAGUACUGUUAGUGUUUGAGCCCUUGUUUUCUGUAGCUUCCUCUAGAUAACAGAACUUAAAAAUCAUUUGGAAAAUUUUUAUAAGUCUGUCUCUUUAUAAUUUUGUUACCUGUAAAUUGUGCAUAAAAAGUGGAGACAGGGUUUUAUCCUACGACCUUUUUUGUGCAUUAUAUUGUCGAAUAUUUAAAGAUACUUUUUAGAGUGGCCUUCUUUGGCAUUUUGGGGAAAAAAAGGAAUCAAAAAUCAGAUUGUUUUCAGCCCCUUAUAAAAAGUUAGCUGAUCACACUUCCUCAGAUUUAGUUGUUUUGAUAGUUUUAAAAUAUUUACUCCUAAUAAUAUUUAGCAUUGUAUUUAUGAUCACCUACAUUUUGACUAAGUCUUUUUGUUUUUAAUAAAUGUGUGUAUGGAAUUUGAAGUUGACUCUUAAAAUAGA